UUUGUCAUUGAGUUUCUCUCUCUUGUUUCUCUCUCUUCACACCAAACCAGACCCACUUCCUCCGUUCAUCUCCAUACAUUGUGAUUUGCGAAACUACUUUUGUCUGUUCCUCUUUGAUCCAACCAAAAAUAUUUCAUUUUUUUUUGUCUCUCCUUUUUUUGUGCCCUUUGUGAUUUUUGGCCUUAAGUAUUCUACCAUGAUGAUUUGGGUUCUUUGGGGUGAAGGAAUGUAGUUGGAGAAGGUGAUUCUUUUUUGAAUAAAUAAAUCCUCAUUCUUGAGGUUGUUUCAAAUUUUUUAAAUUUGAUUCAUUCUCAUUAUCAUUAUCUUUAUUAUUAUUACCCCCAAUUGUUUUGAAAUUUAACCUGAUUACUAGAUUGUGGUGAAUCAAUUUGGUCCUUUUUCCUUCCUUUGUUUGGAUUUCUCCACAAUCAAGGGCUGAAUUGUGAUUGAAUUUGAAGGUGAUUUUAUAUCAUGGAUCAUGUGAUUGGUGGGAAGUUUAAACUAGGAAGGAAAAUUGGGAGUGGCUCUUUUGGAGAGCUCUAUUUAGCUGUUAAUAUACAAUCUGGAGAGGAGGUGGCUGUUAAGCUGGAAUCUGUGAAGACCAGGCAUCCACAGCUUCACUAUGAGUCAAAAUUGUAUAUGCUUCUUCAAGGAGGAACGGGGAUUCCCCACCUCAAAUGGUUUGGAGUUGAGGGAGAGUAUAAUGUCAUGGUUAUUGAUCUUCUUGGACCAAGUCUUGAAGAUUUAUUCAAUUAUUGUAACCGGAAAUUUACAUUGAAGUCAGUGUUGAUGCUUGCUGAUCAAUUAAUUAAUAGAGUUGAAUACAUGCAUUCACGAGGCUUUCUUCACCGGGACAUAAAGCCAGACAAUUUUUUGAUGGGCCUCGGACGUAAAGCAAAUCAAGUGUACGCCAUUGACUACGGCCUUGCGAAAAAAUAUAGGGAUCUUCAGACUCACAGGCACAUACCAUACAGGGAAAACAAGAACCUUACAGGCACAGCACGCUAUGCAAGUGUCAACACUCAUCUUGGAAUCGAACAAAGCAGAAGGGAUGAUCUGGAAUCCCUUGGUUAUGUGCUCAUGUAUUUCUUAAGAGGAAGUCUUCCCUGGCAGGGACUGAAGGCUGGAAACAAAAAACAAAAAUACGACAAAAUCAGUGAGACAAAGGUGUCAACUCCGAUAGAGGUGCUCUGUAAAUCAUAUCCCUCUGAGUUUGUAUCAUACUUCCACUAUUGCCGAUCAUUGAGGUUUGAGGACAAGCCAGAUUAUUCAUAUUUAAAGAGACUUUUCCGAGAUCUAUUUAUCCGAGAAGGCUAUCAAUUUGACUAUGUUUUUGACUGGACUGUAUUGAAAUAUCCACAAGUUGGUAGCAGCAGCUCUAGAGGACGGCAUGGCAAUGGCAAGGCAGCUAUGCAAGCAGCUACACCUGCACACAGACCGGAAAGGAUCCAAGUUGGGAGAGAGAUUCGAGAGAAGUUAUCCGGUGCUGUUGAAGCAUUCUCCUCCCAUAGGAACCGCCCAAGUUCUACUCCUCAUCAUCAUCACGGUGAACAUGCCAGACAUAGGACUUAUGACGAGGCAGCAAUGCAUAAGGAGAUGCACUAUGCCCAACACAAUACAACACGAUAUGGCAGCAAUUCGAAAAGAGCAAUGGUAUCAUCAUCAAACAGGACGAAUUCCUCAGGCGACUAUACUGCCAGGAUAGCCUCAAGUGGUGGGGGCCGUCCAUCCGCUGCACAUAGAGUUCAACCUGUUUACGAGACCAGACAAGCAGCUUUUGCGCGCAAUGGAUCUUUGAGAGGCCACCGUGAUGAUCCUCUGAGGAACUUUGAGCUCCUCGCUAUCAGGAAGUAAUCUCAAGGGUCUCAUUUUGUUAUCAUUUCUAAAUUUCACCUGAGAUUUCAAGAAGCCUUAUGAGGUCAUGGAUAAUACUGAAUUACCUAUGAGGUCACAAUGACAUGACCUGUGACCUCUCGAUAUCAUUUCUGGAUCCCCCCGGAUUGCUUCAGAAGAUUUCUCUCAGCAACUGUAAUGUGUUCUUAUAACAUGUCGAAGAUGUAAUUCAAAGAAAAGAUUCUUUAAUUAUAAAUAAGUAUUGUACUGGAUGAAAGUUUUGUGAUAACAAUGUUACUGUUUUUUU